GAUCACUACUCCUCUCUCUUCCUGGAUUUCUUCUCUAGAGCGCCGGUCGCUACAGAGUUCUCAAUUCAUUCCGUAAAGUACAACCCGACUCCGCGGAACCGAGGUAUACGAACCCCCGCCUUCCUUCUUGCGCCGGUCCAGUUCCAACACGCCCAAAAACCCAAAACGAACAAAUAGAGUGCGAUCACAAAGAUAGCGAAUACUGGGAUAGCAUAUCUCUUUCCCCCGAAGAUUCUUCUCCCGCCAGUCAUUGGCCUAUUCGGACAAGCGAUCCGGACACGACAACUGCACCGCCAUCAUGAUUCCCGGCCUUCCGGACAUAAAGAUGCUCGACGCGGAGGCCCUUGGGGGCCUCCUUGAAGACAACCUUUCCCCGCCGGAAAUCACCUCUAUCCUAGUAUUCGGUACCAACGGAGCGAUCUUCGCCUACGGCUCUCCCCUCCCAACGCGGCAGCUGCGCAACCUCAGCGCGACCUACGGCGCCGCAUACACAUGCUACGCGAAGACCGCAUCAAGCGGUAACCUCACAGGCGUCAACCCAGCCAGCCACCCGUCCUCCUACGUGACCGCGCAAUCGAUCUCCCUCGGCGACGUAGGCUCGAUCGUCUUCGAACUCGACGACCUAGUCGCAGUCGUCACCCGAAUCGCCGACCGAGUCCUCCUCGCCGCGGUCGGACCAUCCAAACACGAGUCCGAGGGUCCAACAACCCAAAACGGCCAUUCCACCAAGCACGCACCCCCCGACGGCGCAGACACAAGCGGCGCCGGCGACCCCAACGGCACCCCCACAAACGGACGUCCCUACAGCAUCUCCCGCAGCCACAGCGACACCACCAUCCGCGCAGACGCGCAGCUCGAAUCGCAGUACGAGAUCGACCGCACAGACGACCUCGCCCGUCUCUCCAGCCUGAACCUCUCCGCCCCGCCCGCCAUCCUCCUCGCGCUGGAAUCCAAAUCCGCUGCCCUGGGGAGGUUUCUCAGCCAGAAGCUAGAAGAUCUGGAGAGCCCAGAGGACUUUUGAACCUUUAAAAGCCACCGUACCUACUGCAUCUUCCUUUUUCUUUAUCUUCCUUGCUUAGCUCUAUCAUCGUUCCUCUGUUUCUAUUAAAGUUUUCUGUCACGAGACAUACGAUUUAUCCACCCAUCCACCCUCCUCAUCCUUCCUCAUCCCUCCCAUUACAUGUACUUUCCUUCUUCGUCUCAUGUUGUUCCACUUGGCAUACAUACAUACCACAGCGUCCUUAUCACAUAUCUUUAUCUCCAUUUGUAGUAUGUACGUGUAUGCAUGCCUACAUGUACGCCUGUUUAUUUGUACUCCUGCAACUGUUUUGAUGACGGACCACCCGGCUUCGGAAAUGG